AUGUUGAACAGAAGUGGCUUUAAUUUAACUAGUAUCCAUUGUCCCGUCGAUACUACAUUAUUUGUACGAUAUGUUGGUACAACAGUAGUCAUAUUGGGCUAUAUUGGAAAUUUUUUGUCAAUCUAUAUAUUUAGUCGUAAGGCGUUACGUACUCGUUCUUGUUCUUGGCUAUUUUUAGCAUUAGCUAUUAGCAAUUGUUUUGUAUUGACUGGUUACACAACAGAAUCCUUAUUAUUACAUGGUUAUUACAUCAAAGUUUUAUCGCACUGGUCACUGUGUAAAAUGGUUAUAUUUCUUAUUUAUGCAUCAACGGAUAUUUCAAAUUAUUUAUUAACAGCCGCUGCAAUCGAUCGUUGUAUAGCCGUUAAUUGUAUAUCGGCAAGACAUACAUUUUGUAAACCAAAGAUUGCUAAAUGUGAAAUUUUAUUCCUUAUAAUAAUUAUGUCUUUUAUUAAUGCUCAUUUUUUAUUUGGUUUUCAUAUGGAUAAAAAGAAAAAUUGUAGUCCAAAAAAGCAUCAGUAUGAAAUUUUUUUUAUACAUCACUAUGAUUCCUAUGUGGAUAUAAUUAAAUCAAUUUUAAUACCCUUUACAAUUAUGAUUAUUUGUAAUCUAAUAAUAAUAUUUCGUCUGUUUCGGAAAUUACCCAUAACUAUUAAGCACAAAAAAAGUCAACGUCGACAAGAAAAAGAUCGUCAAUUAACACUUUGUCUUGUUAUUACAUCGUUCAUAUUUUUCAUUCUUACAUUACCAUCUGAAGUAAAUGACUUUUUACGAUCAAAAAUUAAUCAAAAAUCUCAAGAAAAAUAUGUAUGUCAGUUAUGGUUUUUAACAACUGUUUUGAUUAUCAUUUAUCAAAUUAAUUAUGCUUCACAUUUUUAUAUUUAUACACUUACGGGUAGUAUAUUCCGUAAAGAACUGAAGAAAAUUUGUUUUCUAAAAGAACGACAUUAUUUAUACUCUGAAUAUCACAAACGGAAUAGUAUUAUUGAACAAUAUCCAUAUUAA